AUGGAGACCCUACCGGCACGGAGAGCAGGGGCGCAGGUCCUGGUACUGCUGGCUAUCAUACGUUUUAAGUUUUUUCAUAAUAUUUCAAACGUGUUUUCCAGGUUGUGUGUCCGAGCGGACGACCACGGCGCCAUUGAGAGCCCGUCCACCAUCGACCACAUGCUGGCUUCGAGAGGCUACGACAGACAUCUGCGCCCUAACUUCGGCGGAGCUCCGGUGGUCGUUCGAGUCAGCAUGUCUAUAGCCAGUAUUGACCAGGUGUCAGAGGUCAACAUGGACUACAUGGUGACGAUCUUCCUGCGACAGUAUUGGCAGGACAACCGCCUGGCUUUUGAGGACAUCGACGCUAACCUGACCCUGGACGGGCGCCUGUCGGACCGGCUGUGGGUUCCCGACCUGUUCAUCCCUAACUCCAAACAGGCAUUCCUGCACAAAGUCACGGUGGACAACAAGCUGCUGAGGCUGCACCCGGACGGGACCGUGCUGUACGGACAGAGAAUAACCGCCAAGGUGUCCUGCAACAUGGACCUCCGGAAUUACCCUCUGGACGAACAGAACUGCACACUACAGUAUGAGAGCUACGGCUACACCACACAAGACGUGCUGUUCCUCUGGAAAGACGGGAACGCGUCGAUCCACGGCCUGGAGGACAUCGAAAUCGCGCAGUUCGACAUCGGAGGCUUCACCACGUCAGAGAACCACGGAUACUACGAAACUGGAGAAUACCCUCGCCUGACGUUCAGCUUCCGGCUCCACCGUAACGUGGUGUUCAUCAUCCUGCAGACCUACGUUCCCGCCAUCUUACUGGUUAUCUCUUCCUGGGUCAGCUUCUUCAUCAACCCGGAAGCAGUUCCCGCAAGGGUCACGCUAGGUAUCACCACGGUUCUGACCAUGACGACGCUGAGCUCGGCCGCGAAGGAGUCUCUGCCGAAGAUCUCGUACAUCAAGGCCAUCGACGUGUACCUGGCCAUGUGCUUCUUCUUCGUGUUCGCGGCGCUUCUGGAGUACGCCAUCGUCAACUUCAGCUCCGUCGGAAUCGCCAAGAAACAGGCCAGCCUGCAGGGGCAGCAGGGACAGUCGGAGUGUCACGUGUGCCGUUGCCAUGACGUCGAAGCCCGCGUCGGGGGCCUCAAUGGCGUGUCUUCCCAGCACACCCUGCGCGUCGACAUCGUCAACGAGGCUACCCAGAAGGAGGUAACGUCACACGGGCCGUUCCUGACGUCACAGCCCGGGUUCGCGGAGACCCCCCGUCGGGAAGAUACGGGCAUGGACGACGGCGACGACAGCAAACAGAGAUCAACCUUCGCAGGCGCCGUGUCGACCAUGCUGCAUCAUCUGUACGGCAGACGGCCUCAGAUCAAAAACUCGAACAACAUCGACAAGUACUCCAGAGUCAUGUUCCCCACCCUGUUCAUCGCGCUGAACUUCGUGUACUGGUCGGUCUACAUGUACAGACGACACUACUUCGUGUUUUAAACGCGAGGCCCUCCCUCCUACCAGAGGGUCCUUCCCGGUGUGAGUGGAUCAAGACUAUUGAGGUCGCAGAAAA